CAGAGACCAUCCCAUUCAGAGACUCGCCUACAUACAUGCAGAGUGAGCCACAGCGAACCUCAGAGCCACCUGCCCACUGCUGUGUUCCAGGGCCAAGUCAGAGAAGGCAGCAGAGGACAGAGCCCUCCAACCCGGCCACAUUCCAAAGGAGGAAUUUUCUAGAAAGGUUUCCAUCUCUGCUCCGUCCCUCACCAACCGCGAGCUUUAAAAAGUCGCCGACCCUCUCUGCCCCCGUUUCCUCGCCUGUCACGUGGGGACCCGUAUAUAGGACGCUUCCCCCUAUCAGUAGCGCUGUCGCCGAAAUCAGGACAAACGUCAGAGGAGGCGCAAAGGGAGCGCGCAGAAUCCGAGCCUCCGCAGACGCACCGGGAGCCCGGCGGGGACUCCGGCCCAGGUCUUCUGCUACCCCGUGGCCGGUCGGCCGAGAAGAAGAGGAAGCGGAACUUGCCCUUCCCGAUCCCCGGGCAGCGCCGGCCGGGUGCCGCCGGGAUUCCUUCGCAGCAGCUGCUGAGUCAGGACCAGCGGCGCCACGGGCAGAGCGAGCAGACGCCUCCGGGAGCGGAGGGUGGAGCUGCCCGCGGAGGAGCACAGCAUGGCCGGAGCCACUCCUUCUGCUUGGCCACUGCUGCUGUUCCUGUUGUCGCUGUCCUGGGCACCCACCGGAGCCGAGACCCAGACCUCCGUGCUGGCCCCCGCCCAGGUGCUUGGCUUCCUAGGCAACAUCACGAAGCUCUCUUGCAAACUGCAGCCACUACAGCACGAAGUGACGGUGACGCAGGUGACCUGGACCCAGCAAAAGCUGUCGGAGGCCUCCCGCAGCGUGGCAGUCUUCCACCCCACCCGGGGCCCGAGCUUCCCCGAGCCUGGGAGGUGGGAGUUCGAGGCCGCAAGAGCCGGCGAGGAGGUGCGGGACGCAUCGCUGAUCAUUUGGGAGCUGCGUGCGGAGGAUGAGGCCAACUACACCUGCCAGUUCGCCACGUUCCCCGACGGCGAUCGGAGCGCCCGAACCAGGCUCCGGGUGCUGGCCCAGCCCCAGAACAAGGUUGAGACCCAGGAGGUCCCGCUCAGCCCACUCAGCUUGGAGCCUGUGCCGGUGGCCCGCUGCGUCUCCACGGGGGGCCGCCCCCCGGCCCGCAUCUCCUGGUCCUCACACCUGGACUCAAAGGCCUAUAAGAGCCAGGUGCCGGGGCCCCGGCCCGGGACCUUCACCGUCAGCAGCUUUUUAACCUUGACGCCUUCGAGCCAGGUGGACGGCCAGAACGUCACCUGCAGAGUGGAGCACGAGAGCUUUGAGGAGCCCAUGGUGCUCCCUGUGACCCUGACCGUGCCCUACCCCCCAGAGGUCUCCAUCUCUGGCUACGAUGACAACUGGUACCUCGGCCGCAGUGAGGCCACACUGAACUGUGACAUUCGCAGCAAACCAGAGCCCACGGGGUAUAACUGGAGCACGACCAUGGGACCCUUGCCACCCUCCGCUGUGGCUCAGGACACCCGGCUUCUGAUCCACACUGUGGACGAGUCUGUCAACACGACUUUUGUCUGCUCUGUCACUAACGCGCUAGGGACUGGCCAGGCAGAACUGACCGUCCUGGUCAGAGGACUUCCCAGGGAGAAGUCAUAUCCUAGCUCAUCCUCAAAAGUCAUUAUCAUCUCAAUUGGGGUAAUCUUGGUUUGUCUGCUACUGCUGGGGAUCCUGGCGUGUAUCUGGCGCUCCAGAAGGUCCCGUCGGAACCCACAAAGAUCCCCUGCUAAUGGCGAAGUCCACUAUUUACCUGCGAAUCAGAGGGACAGCUCUCCCUAGAAUACACUGACAGAAAGCACAAGGUGACAGCAUAUAGACUGAAUGGAGAGAGACCCUGAAGCUGGCAAGGACGGGGAUCUUGCAGCUGGACUCCACCUUGAUGGAUGAAGUCUCCCUCCAAAGAGACUGGCCACUCUCAAGAAUGUCCCCUCUGCCUCAUAACACCAUGGUCAGUCGGGUACAAGUCCAGGGGUCCCCAAGACCACCCUCAGGUUGAAUUAUUCACUACAAGGACUCACAAAACUCAGGGAAGCUGUUACACUCACGGUUAUGGUCUACUACACUGAAAGCAUGAGAUUAAUGCGGAAAGGUGCCUUGGGGCAAGGGUCCCCAGAGAGACCUGCCCAAGCUCUAGUCGUCCACUCCAGGGAGUCAUAUGGACAGCACUUCCUUCUCCAAGCACUGACAUGCGACAGCACACACAGAGUGUUGCCAAGCAGGAAAGCUCACCUGAGCCUUGGGUUCCAGAACUUUUAUUGGGGUUCCAUCAUGUUGACACGGGUGACCACCCAUGUAGCUGACCUUAGUCUCUAGCACCAACAGAGGUCAAGCCAUCAUUGUGCAGCCCAAGGCCCCCACCAUAAUCACUUCAUCUGUAUUGAUUAUCCAGUAUGGUCCACAGCACUAGGUAAACAGAGACUCUACCAGCCAGGACAGUCCAAGGAAGGACUUAGAUAUUACUUCCCAGGAGCCUGGGGCAAAGGGCCAGGUCUCUUUUUGAGCAAGGUUAAUCCUUUCCUGAAUAGUAGAGCUGCACAGAAUGUUGCAACUACCAGGGACUUUUUGAAAGAAUUUUUGACCUCUGGCCUUGAAUCACGUUGAAUCUCUGUGGCUAUAAGAAAUAGCCACUGGCCCCUGUCACCAGAAGAGAGCCAGAGAGUAGAACUCAGCCGCCUGGGGCUGUUCAAGGAGAAGGAGCUACUCGUGGCCAUGAACUUGGAGGCUGUCAGUUCCGAGCACCUUCUGCCAAAACUCGGUCCCAGGAAAGCAUCUGUAGCCAGAGUCCUGGGGUUGACGAGACCCUGGUUACCCACCAAGGAAUGUAAGAAUUUGUUCCCAAAACAAGAGGUGCUGAGGAUGCAGAAAAUCCAGCUGUGCAGGACACACUUCCCUCUGAUCAGGAUGGAUGCAGCCCAAGACCCAGGAGGCAGAGCCACUCAGAUAUGACUGACAUAUUUACUUUAAAAUGGUCUCUGUGGAGUUCCCGUCAUGGAACAGUGGUUAACAAAUCUGACUAGGAACCAUG